AUGGAUUUUAAUGCAAAAAAUGUCUCAUUCACUGAUUUCAGAUUAAAUGGAUUCUACAGCCUAGGGCAAUGGAGGCCUUUUUUGUUUAUCCCUUUCUUUCUGAUGUUUCUAUUAGCUAUCACAGCAAAUUGUAUUAUCAUAUAUUUAAUCAUAUGUCAAAAGUCUCUGCAUUCUCCUAUGUAUGUAUUAAUUGGUGUUAUGGCUGUCUUAGACUUGAUCAUGCCUGUAUUUUUUGUACCUAGCAUGCUUCUUAGUUUUUUAUUCAGCUGGAGUGGGAUAUCUCUAACAGGUUGUUUGAUACAAAUGUUUGGCAUUCAUUUUGUUGGAACAUUUCAAAUUACACUGCUUUUUUGGAUGGCACUGGAUCGUUACUUUGCGAUAUGCAAACCUCUGUACUAUCAUAAGUACAUGGAAGUCCCUAACUUUCUGAAGUUUGUCUUUGCACCAGCAAUAAGAAAUGGGCUCCUGAUGAUCACCAUGGUCUCUCUGGCUGGAAGACUAUCAUUUUGUGCAACAAAUGUUAUUGAUCACUGUUUUUGUGAGCACAUGGCCCUGGUUCAGUUAGCAUGUGGAGAUAUAUCUAUUAAUAACAUUGUAGGACUUUUGUCUGCUUUUCUUAUACCAGCAGCCGAUUUUAUUCUUAUUACGGUUUCUUACGCUGUGAUUUUUACCUCUGUGUUGAAAUCUGGAAAAGCUCACAUUAAGGCCUUAAACACAUGCAUCACUCACUUAAUUAUCCUGUCCAUUAGUUUGUUUUCUGCUUUGAUUGCAUUUUUGUCAUACAGAAUAAGAAAUAACAUUUCUUCCAACAACCGUAUAUUCAUAAGUAUCAUUUACUUAUUUUUUCCAAGUUGCUUUAACCUAAUAAUCUAUGGUUGGAGAACAAAAGAAAUAAGACAAUCAUUUCUAAAGUUUAUAAACAAUGCCAAGGUCUUUGCAUUAAAAAAAUGA